GUAAUCGAUAACUCACUUCAACGGUGCGAAUGUGGGUCGGCACAAGGCCCCCUGCAGCUGAGCGCAGCCUCAUGCCGAUAUCCCCGGGGAGCUGCAUCUUGGCGCGUCGCCCCGCCGAAACUUCAACGUCAUGUCAUUGCAGCUCGAAUCGCCAGGCCCUGAGCACGACACGUAAAUAGGCCACCUGCUGCUCCCGCAAUGGCUGUUCGCCAUCUUCGCUUCGAAAUCCGCCGCCAUCCUUGUGACACCGCGAAUCGGCCGAUUCAAGCUCACAAUGGCGACUUUCCGACCCCCUCGCAGCAUGUCCCUAAAGAUGCGCUCAGUUGUCCAGAAGCUCCUUCUCGUGUUCCUCGUUUGGACGAUAAUCGAGGCCCACAUCAGCCAUUACCGCAUCGCACGCACCGAGCGAGAGGCCAGGGCCAAGGGCGUCCUGAUUGAGCCGACGCGCGUCUACAUCGCCAGUUUGCAUUGGAACAACGAGAAGAUGCUCCGGUCCGAGUGGAACAAGGGCGUGGUCGAGCUGGUCAAUACAUUUGGGCCCGACAACGUUUUUGUCAGUGUCUACGAGAGCGGCAGCUGGGAUAACUCCAAGGGCGCCCUGCGCGAACUCGACCAGGAGUUGGACAGGAGAGGCGUCCCCAGGAAGAUCAUCUUGGAGGAAGAGACGCACAAAGACCUGAUCAACGGGCCACAGGAGGACGAUGGGUGGAUUACCAUUCCUGAUGGUACGAGGAUGCCUAGACGGAUCCCCUACCUGUCCAGGUUACGGAAUCUCUCGCUGCAGCCGUUGCUGGAGCUCGCCAUGAACGGGACGACAUUUGACCAUGUCCUGUUCCUGGGCGACGUUGUCUUUUCGGUCUCCGACGUUCUCAACCUCCUCAAAACCAACAACGGCCACUACGCCGCCGCCUGCUCCCUCGACUUCAGCAAACCCCCCCCAUUCUACGACACCUUCGCUCUCCGCGACUCCCGCGGCCACGAGCACGCUUCACAAACAUGGCCCUACUUCCGCUCAUCCAAGUCCCGCAAAGCCAUGGUCAACGCCCAACCCGUCCCCGUCUCCAGCUGCUGGAACGGCAUUGUCGCCAUGCCCGCCUCCACCUUCACCGGCAUCCGCGGCCUCAAGUUCCGCGGCAUCCCGGACUCGCUCGCCGCCGCCCACCUCGAGGCCUCCGAGUGCUGCCUGAUCCACGCCGACAACCCGGGCUCGCGCACCCGCGGCGUCUUUGUCAACCCGGCCGUGCGCGUCGGCUACAACCGGCCCGCCUACGACGCCGUCCACACUUUCGUCAAUGGUGGUGAUGGUGGGGGUGGGGGUAGUGGUGGUGGGGGGAGUUGGUUGUCGCUGACGGAGGUGUAUUUUGGGCUGUGGCGGAGCCGGUUUGCGCGGUGGUUUACUUCGUCGUGGUUUGAGGAGCGGGAUGUGAGGGGCCGGAUUGCGAAGUGGGCGCGGUCUGGGGAGGGGAGGGUGGAGAAGGGGGGGUUUUGUGUGGUGGAUGAGAUGCAGAUUGUGGUGGAGAAUGGGUGGAAGCAUUUGUGAUGGUGUUGGUGUUCUUGGAUGGGGGUUGUUAUG